AUGUACAAUGCAACGGUGUAUGAAAACUCUGCUGCGAGGACCUAUCUUAACAGUCAAAGCAGGAUGGGGAUCACCCUGGCAGACCUCUCCUGGGAUAUCAAAUACAGGAUAGUGUCUGGCGACGAGGAGGGCUUCUUCAAAGCAGACGAAGUCGUGAUAGCAGAUUUCUGUUUCCUUAGGAUAAGAACUAAAGGUGGCAAUUCUGCUAUAUUGAACAGAGAGAUUCAGGACAACUAUUUAUUGAUAGUAAAGGGCUCUGUCCGGGGAGAGGACUUGGAAGCGUGGACAAAAGUGAACAUACAGGUUUUAGACAUGAACGAUUUACGGCCGUUGUUUUCACCCACCACGUAUUCGGUAACAAUAGCGGAAAGCACUCCUUUAAGGACUAGUAUCGCACAGGUCACCGCCACGGAUGCUGACAUUGGUUCCAACGGUGAAUUCUAUUACUACUUCAAAAAUAAAGUUGACCUCUUCUCCGUCCAUCCAACUAGCGGGGUUAUCUCUUUAAGCGGACGGUUAAACUAUGACGAGAAAAACCGGUAUGACCUUGAAGUCCUGGCCGUAGACCGUGGGAUGAAACUGUACGGUAACAAUGGUGUAAGCAGCACUGCCAAACUUUAUAUUCACAUUGAACGUAUCAAUGAACAUGCCCCAACUCUCAGUGUAGUAACCCACGUCCCCUUCUCUUUGGAUAAGGAACCCACUUAUGCAAUUGUUAACGCUGAUGAUCUUGAUGAAGGUGCCAAUGGUGAGAUUGAAUCGGUUACUAUUGUUGCCGGAGAUCCCUUGGAAUACUUCGUUUUGACUAAGGAGGGUAGAUGGAUGAAUGAGUACAAAAUCAAAGAGAGGAAGCCCAUCGACUGGGACAGUUUCCCCUAUGGUUGCAAUCUCACUCUCCAAGCCAAGGACAGGGGAUCCCCUCAGAAGUUUUCGGCUGUCAAACUGGUCCAUAUUGCCAGUCCCAAAAAAGAAAGCAACCCAGCAAAGUUUGAGAAGGAAAUAUACGAUGUGGCCAUCAGUGAAUUCUCCCCUCCAGGAGUAGCUGUUGCUAUAGUCAGGCUAACCCCAGAAACCCAGGGGGAAGAAUAUAAAUUAUCACAUAGUGAGGAUGCAGAGUAUUUUAAGAUUAAUCCCAGGACAGGUCUAAUUACCACUGCACAGCCUUUAAAGAUUGUUGACAAGGAAUUUUAUGAUUUAGAAGUAAUAAGCAAAGAAGGGGACUUAAAAGCACAUGUCACUGUCAGGAUAGAGGACGCCAACGAUCACAUUCCAGAGUUCACGCAGCCUUCGUACAGCUCCUUUGUCAAUGAAAGUGUCCCUGUGGGGACUAGCAUUUUGUCAGUUUCUGCAUUUGAUAAGGACAGGGGAGAAAAUGGCUAUAUCACGUACAGCAUUGCUAGUUUAAAUUCACUUCCUUUUUCCAUCAACCAAUUUACUGGCAUUAUUAGCACGUCCGAAGAAUUGGAUUUUGAGUCUUCCCCAGAGAGCUACAGGUUUAUUGUUAGGGCUUCAGACUGGGGUUCACCUUACCGCCACGAGAGUGAGGUUAAUGUGACCAUAUACAUAGGAAACGUGAAUGAUAACAAGCCCUUGUUUGAAAAGGUGGCUUGUCAAGGGGUCAUUUCAUCUGAUUUCCCUGUCGGUGGCCACAUCACUGCCGUUUCUGCUAUAGACAUAGAUGAGCUGGAACUCGUCAAAUACAAAAUAAUUUCUGGUAACGAACUGGGGUUUUUCUACCUGAAUCCAGAUUCGGGGGUUCUGCAGCUUAAAAAGUCCUUAGUUAACGCUGGCAUCAAGAACAAUAAUUUUGGACUUAAGAUUACGGCGACUGAUGGGGAGAAUUUUGCAGACACCAUGUUUGUGAACAUCUCAAUAGUUCAUGGGAAAGUAUCCUCCAAGACCUUCAGUUGCCGAGAGACUAGGGUUGCCCAGAGGCUGGCAGAGAAGUUGCUCAAAAAGGCAAAAGCCAAUGUGAAACUAAAUUCAGAAGAUGGCUUCUUGGAUUUUUACUCUGUGAACCGGCAGGCCCCACACUUUGAUAAAUCAUUUCCUACUGAUAUAUCAGUCAGAGAGGACCUUCCUGUUGGUGCUACCAUAUUUAGAAUCAAGGCCUACGAUGCCGAUUCUGGCUUUAAUGGAAAGGUAGUCUAUACCAUAUCGGAUGGCAAUACAGAUAGCUGCUUUGAUCUUGAAAUGGAGACGGGUCUGCUGAAGGUCCUUAUGCCCAUGGACCGUGAGAAAACCGAGCUGUACCUCCUUAACGUAACCAUUUAUGAUCUAGGCAGCCCUCAGAAAGCCAUGUGGAGAUUACUUACCAUUACUAUCGAGGAUGCUAAUGAUAACGAGCCUGUAUUUUUACAGGAAAGUUACUCUGUUAGCAUUUUGGAAAGCACAAGUAUUGGUACAGAAAUUAUCCAAGUAGAGGCCAGGGACAAAGAUCUGGGACGAAAUGGUGAGGUCACUUAUUCCAUAUUGACAGAUACACAACAGUUUGUUAUCAAUACCUCUACGGGAGUAGUAUAUGUGGGUGACCAUUUAGACAGGGAAUCAAAGGCAAAUUAUACAUUAAAGAUAGAGGCGAGGGACAGGGCAGAUAGUGGGCACCAGCAAUUUUCCGUCGUUCCUCUAAGGGUGUUUUUGGACGAUGUCAAUGAUUGUUCUCCAGCUUUCAUACCACCCAGCUACAGCGUGAAGGUCCUGGAGGAUUUGCCUGUGGGUACUGUCAUUGCUUGGCUUGAAACUCAAGACCCAGAUCUUGGUCUAGGAGGACAAGUGCGCUAUUCCCUGGUGAACGAUUACAACGGCAGAUUUGAGAUAGACAAGGCCAGUGGAGCUAUCCGGCUGAGCAAAGAACUGGACUACGAGAAGCAACAGUUCUACAACCUGACAGUCCGCGCGAAGGAUAAAGGACGCCCGGUUUCUCUGUCCUCCGUUUCCUUUGUGGAAGUGGAAGUUGUGGAUGUGAACGAAAAUCUCUACACCCCCUAUUUUCCUGACUUUGCAGUCAUUGGAUCUGUAAAAGAAAAUUCGCGCAUUGGAACUAGUGUUUUGCAAGUGAGCGCUCAGGACGAAGACGUGGGCAGGGACGGCGAGAUCCAGUAUUCCAUCCGGGAUGGCAGCGGACUGGGAAGGUUUAACAUAGACGAAGAAACCG